AUGAACAUCUCCUCUCUAAUAUUGAAUUGGCUCGUUAUUCUGUUCCUACUCCAGUUCAAAAAUAUUCAAUACCGAUCGUAUCAUCUGGUCGUGAUCUUAUGGCUUGCGCACAAACGGGUUCUGGUAAAACUGGUGGUUUUUUAUUCCCCAUUUUGUCGGAGCUUUUUAAACAUGGUCCAUCAGAACAACCUGGUUCCCGUGGCAUGUAUCGUAGUCGCAAAGCUUAUCCAGUUGCAUUGGUCCUUGCGCCGACACGUGAAUUAGCUAUGCAAAUUUAUGAUGAAGCACGAAAAUUCGCCUAUCGUUCUUGGGUAAGACCGUGUGUUGUUUAUGGUGGCGCUGACAUUUCUUCCCAAUUAAGACAAAUUGACCGUGGAUGUGAUCUUUUGACUGCCACUCCUGGACGGCUUGUGGAUUUAAUUGAACGUGGCCGCGUAAGUUUAUCCCAAAUACGAUAUUUAGUUCUUGAUGAAGCUGACCGUAUGUUAGAUAUGGGAUUUGAACCUCAGAUUCGUCGUAUAGUAGAAAAUGAAGAUAUGCCUAACGUUAAUGAUCGACAAACGCUUAUGUUUAGCGCCACUUUUCCUCGAGACAUUCAAGUUCUGGCUCGUGAUUUUUUGAAGGAUUAUGUUUUCUUAAGUGUUGGCCGUGUCGGUAGUACAAGUGAAAACAUUACUCAAAAGAUUGAAUAUGUUGAAGAUGAUGAUAAACGAUCGGUGUUAUUAGAUAUCCUACAUGCCCAACCAGAAUCUGAUCAUGGACUUACAUUAAUCUUUGUUGAAACGAAGCGCAUGGCUGAUAUGUUAUCAGAAUUUCUUGUUCAAUCAGGUUUUCCUGCUACAUCGAUUCAUGGUGAUCGAUCACAGCGUGAACGUGAACGUGCUUUAGAAUCUUUUCGUACGGGUCGUACACCUAUCAUGGUGGCGACUGCUGUGGCCGCCCGUGGGUUGGAUAUUGUUAAUGUCACUCACGUCAUCAAUUAUGAUUUACCCACUGAUAUUGAUGACUAUGUACAUCGAAUUGGUCGUACUGGACGCGCUGGUAACGUUGGAAUAUCAACGGCAUUCUUUAACCGUGGUAAUAAAGGGAUUGUUAGAGAAUUGAUUGAACUGUUAAAAGAGGCUAACCAAGAAAUUCCUCCCUGGUUGGAAACUAUUGCAAGAGAGACAUCAAAUUAUGGUUCUCGUGGCUCUAGUGGUCGUGGUAGAGGCCGCGGUCAAAAUCGUGAUUAUCGUAAAUUUGGUAGUAAUAGUGAAAGAGGCAGUUAUGGAACUGGUGGUAAUGAGUAA